AGGGGCGGCGCCUGCGCGGUGGCUCGGCCGAUGUCUGGUCCCAUUGUGCUGUGUAUUAGAGUGUGUGGCCGGCUUUCUGCUGUUACCUGUGUGUUGUGACGUCCGGCCCUGCAAUGGACCGGAGUUCGAAAAGACGACAAGUGAAGCCUUUGGCAGCCUCCCUUCUUGAAGCAUUGGAUUAUGAUAGCUCAGAUGACAGUGAUUUUAAAGUUGGAGAUGCCUCAGAUUCUGAAGGCAGCGCCAUUGGUAGCGAUGAUGAGUCAAAAGACAGCGGUGAAUGCUCUGGCACUGACUCAGAAGACAACUUAAAGGAGGAAGAGAUGUCGAUUGUUGUCCCUAAAGAAGAAGAAAGGAGGGCCCUCAAACAAGAAGAUGCCGCUACAGGUUACCAAAGGAAUGAAGACAAAGCUACAGAUGAGCAGCCCACGAAAGACUACACAAAGAAAGACGAGACUGACAAACAACAGAAGAAGAAGGAGAGACCUCCCGAGGCCGACGUUGCUACUGACGAGCAAGCAAGUGAACCCAAGAAAUGGAACCUCCGAAGGAACCGUCCACUGCUGGACUUCAUCACCAUGGAAGAGUUAAACGCGAUGGACGACUAUGACAGCGAAGAUGACAAUGAUUGGAGACCCACAGGAGGCAGGAGGAAAGGAAAAUCUUCUACCGGGGAGGGCAGCGAUGGAGAGGAUGAUGAAGAAGAAGAAGAAGAAGAAGAUGGGAGCGAAGAUGAAUCAAAUCACCAAGCCGGCAAUAAAGACGACAGCUGCAGUUCAAGCGACGACGAAAGGAAGAAGAAAAAAAUCAAGAUUCCCAGUAGGAACAGCGGUGAUGAUGAGGAGCUGACGAAUGACAGCUUGACAUUGUCUCAAAGCAAAAGUAAUGAGGACUCGCUUAUCCUGGAGAAAAGUGACAAGUGGUGCUCCCAGAAAAUGGAUCACAUAUUAAUAUGCUGCGUGUGUCUAGGGGACAAUAGUGAGGAUGCGGAUGAGAUUAUCCAGUGCGAUAACUGUGGCAUCACCGUGCAUGAAGGCUGUUAUGGUGUCGAUGGAGAGAGCGAUUCGAUCAUGAGCUCGGCCUCUGAAAAUUCUACUGAGCCCUGGUUUUGUGAUGCCUGCAAGUGCGGUGUGUCCCCCAGCUGUGAGCUGUGCCCGAACCAAGAUGGUAUAUUUAAGGAGACCGAUGCAGGAAGAUGGGUCCACAUAGUUUGUGCGCUCUACGUCCCUGGGGUCGCUUUUGGAGACAUUGACAAAUUACGUCCAGUGACCUUAACAGAAAUGAACUAUUCGAAGUAUGGGGCAAAGGAAUGCAGCUUCUGUGAAGAUCCGCGAUUUGCCAGGACCGGAGUGUGUAUCAGCUGCGACGCAGGGAUGUGCAGAGCUUACUUUCAUGUGACUUGUGCCCAGAAGGAAGGCUUGCUCUCGGAAGCCGCUGCUGAAGAGGAUAUCGCAGAUCCUUUCUUUGCGUACUGUAAGCAGCAUGCCGACCGCUUUGAUAGAAAAUGGAAGAGGAAAAACUAUUUGGCUCUGCAAUCCUACUGCAAAAUGUCCUUGAAGGAGAGAGACAAGCACCUGACGCCGGAAGCACAGGGAACCGUUUCUGUUUCUCUUCAGGCUCGCAUCUCCACCAGACUCCAGCAGUACAGAGUGAAGUCCGAGCUGGCUCGUAAUACCAGACCCCAAGCGUGGGUCCCAAGAGAGAAGCUGCCUCGCCCGCUUACCAGCUGCGCUUCCGCCAUACGGAAACUUAUGCGCAAAGCAGAACUGAUGGGGAUCAGCACAGACAUUUUCCCUGUGGACAAUUCCGACACGACCUCCAGCGUCGAUGGCCGAAGGAAGCACAAGCAGCCCGCUCUCACUGCCGACUUUGUCAACUACUACUUGGAGAGGAACAUGCGUAUGAUGCAACUGCAAGAAAAUAUGGCCGAGCAGAAGACUAUAAAAGACAAAUUGGAGAACGAGCAGGAGAAACUCCACGUUGAGUAUAACAAGCUCUGUGAAACUCUGGAUGAUUUGCAGAACGUCAAUAGCAACCUGCGGGACGAGGGGCAGACUCUGUGGAUUAUGAUGUGUAAAGUUGCAGGUCAGAAGCCAAAUCUGCCAGUCAUCCUCCGGGCGCCGAAAGAGAGAAAACCCAGUAAGCGAGAGGGGGGGACGCAGAAGACGCUGCUGUUGCCGGCGAUCCUCUACAGUUGUGGAAUAUGUAAGAAGAACAAUGACCAGCAUCUCCUCCUGCUGUGUGACACCUGCAAGCUGCACUAUCACUUGGGGUGCCUGGAUCCCCCACUUACAAGAAUGCCCAAGAAAACCAAGAACAGCUACUGGCAGUGCUCGGAGUGCGACCAGGCCGGUAGCAGCGACAUAGAAGCGGAUUUCGCCAUGGAAACUUUACCGAAUGGAACCAAGAGAUCCAGAAGGCAGAUAAAGGAACCAGUGAAGUUUGUGUCGCAGGACAUGCCUCAAGACCCCAAGAAGAUUCCUUUAAGGGGCACAAGACAUUGCUUUAGAGGAAGGCGGAAAAGCGCUCAGUUACAAUAUGAACUUUCAGAGGAUCUAAAGAAAGAGAAGGUACCAGCAGAGACCGCCAAGCAAGCAGAGAUCCUUCCUGAGCAGGCGCCGAGGAGUGAGAUUUUGUCGUUUGGCAAAGCGAAGCUUAUCCGAAAGACCACCUCUGUGACCAGAUUUCGAUUCCAUCACGUAUUAUGCAAUUUGUGUGAAGACCACCCCUCUAGAAGACCACUCUUUAAUGCAAAUUGGAGAACCAGAGGCCAGAAGAGGAAGAGAAGCUACCUGCUUGAAGAAGACAAACCCGAGGAACGGAUGGGGAGGGAGAGGCGGAGAAGACAACCCAUGGCGCUACAAAAAAAGCUUAAAUCGGAAGACCCAAGAACCGAAUGUGCGUCGUGUAAAGGCAUUGGAGACAAUGAGAACCUUGUCAGGUGUGAUGAAUGUAGGCUCUGCUACCACUUUGGCUGCUUGGACCCUCCUCUGAAAAAGUCUCCAAAGCAGACGGGAUAUGGAUGGAUUUGCCAGGAAUGUGACUCUUCUUCUUCCAAAGAGGGUCCACAUUGAAUGCUCUGGGAAGAAAGCCUUUCAGAUUGCUGCAGUCCAACGUCAGUCUGCAGCCAACAAGG